UCCACCUCAUAAAGCCUAGGGCGAGGGGCGAGGGGCGCGAGGCGUUCUGAAAGUGCCCUGGAGAGUCUGUUUGAUCCGACAGACCCCACAGGCUUAGUUGGGGCUCUGCAGUGUCAUGCCCCGGAGCCUCCAGACCAUGUCGAGCUGGGCGCUGUUGCUGCGGCUGCUGGCAUUGCUGCGGCCGCCGGGGCUGGUCGAGGCGUGCAGCUGCGCCCCCUGGCACCCCCAGCAGCAUGUCUGCCACUCCGCGCUUGUGAUCCGGGCCAAGAUCUCCAGUGAGAAGGUAAUUCCUGCCAGUGCAGAUCCUGCUGACACUCAAAAAAUGAUCCGGUAUGAAAUCAAACAGAUAAAGAUGUUUAAAGGGUUUGAGAAAGUCAAGGAUAUUCAGUAUAUCUAUACACCUUUUGAUUCCUCCCUCUGUGGUGUGAAACUAGAAGCAAACAGCCAGAAGCAGUAUCUCUUGACUGGUCAGGUCCUCAAUGAUGGAAAAGUCUUCAUCCAUCUGUGCAACUACAUUGAGCCCUGGGAAAAUCUAUCCUUUUUGCAAAGAGAAAGUCUGAAUCACCACUACCAUAUGAACUGUGGCUGCCAAAUCACCACCUGCUAUACAGUGCCCUGUACCAUCUCAGCCCCCAACGAGUGCCUCUGGACAGAUUGGCUGUUGGAACGAAAACUCUAUGGGUAUCAGGCCCAGCAUUAUGUCUGCAUGAAGCAUGUUGAUGGCACCUGCAGCUGGUACCAGGGACGCCUGCUCCUCAGGAAGGAGUUUGUUGACAUCAUCCAGCCCUAGUAGGGAGCAAUGACCACCACAUUCCUUCAGGAGCUCUGAAGACCAAGCCAGUUCUCCCUCACUACAGAGUUCUGGCUAUCACCACUUGCCUCAUUGCUGCCAGCGAAUGGGAAGUACCAAGUGGACAGUCUGGCUAGUGUUAGAGCAGGGCUAGGGUAUGUUACAGCUUGUGUCUGAAACCCCAGCCCAGAACAUGUCAAAGGCUAGGGAAAGUGUCCUGCCCUCAACCCUUCUCUCUUGCCUCCCAAACUCUUUUAUUCUAGCCCCGUGGUCAGCAAACUGCGGCUCAUGAGCCACAUGCGGCUCUUUGGCCCCUUGAGUGUGGCUCUUCCACAAAAUACCACGGCCUGGGCGAGUCUAUUUUAAAGAAGUGGUGUUAGAAGAAGUUUAAGUUUAAAAAAUUUGGCUCUCAAAAGAAAUUUCAAUCGUUGUACUGUUGAUAUUUGGCUCUGUUGACUAAUGAGUUUGCAGACCACUGUUCUAGCCAAUACCUGUUACUGAAAAUGUUGAUUCUGGCUUAGAAUCAAAAUAGUUCUGAUCAGAACUAUUCCCUUUUCUCUCUAGGAAAAUGUGUUUUCUCUUACCUUAAUUGAUCCAAUAGUGAAAAAAUGGUGAAUGCUAUACAUAUGAGAUAGUGUACCUAUCUGAUGUACAAUACCAGAAGACAGGUUGACAGUAUCAUAAACAGGCUGAUUUGGAAGAACAAAAAGAGCAACAUAGUAUGGCUGUGUAUCCUCUACUCCAAUCUCAGCUCAUCCUGAUCCUCUCUUACACUUUCAUUUGUUUGGGGAAGUGACUUGCAGGGGCACAGAAUCACUCAAUAUGAGACCUACAAUGGCCUAACCUCCCACUACACGCUGUAAUCUCCUCUAUCCAAUUCCUGGCAGAGGGUCUAGCCCCCAAGCAUACCUCUUUGGAUAAGAAUAGACUUAGGUAUUAUCUCUGCAGGUUAACUAUCAUUAAUACCUUCACCUGAUGUCCAUAAGUCUUCUUUUAUGUUUCUUUUAGAAAGUCCUUCUCUUCUAGAUUACUAAUGUCUUAAUUCCUACUUCAAAACUUUUUUUUUAAGCCAAAAAAGCCUAGAGUUGAAAUUCUCCUUUAAAUUUUGACACCUCAGAGAGAUCUUAGGAGGUCUUCUUUGGAGGGCAAAUUUUAGGAUAGAGAACAAGAGAGAAAUAACACAAGGGCCCUUGUGGGGAAAGGAUGGUAAAUAGACAAUAUACUUUGCAAUUUUUUCAAAAUAUUUUUUGUGGUUAGCCCUGCUAAAUAUUACAGCAGGAAAAAUUCAGCUUUGGUCCCCAUCCUUCCUUCAACUCAGUCCCCUUACCACUGUGUCUUGGACUCCCUGAGAACUCCAAGCAUAGAUAGAUCCCUUAAGCCCUGAUGUUGGUCUCAAGGAUUUAUUAAGGAUAAGAGCUUAAAGUUCCAGAGCCUCUCCCUGGGAAGCUCUGACAAAGAUGAAGGAGGUAGUUCUAUUCAAGGCCCAAGGUUGUUGUUAUUCGUUUUCUAUAUGUUGUUUGAUGAGAAACAAGGCCAUGUACAAUAUGCCAGAAGAAGGCUCUUGAUUCACAGAAAUGGUACAAAUGUAGUUCCUUUUUGAGAAGGGAGUGAGAGGGUAGCAAACAUAAUCUCUGUCCCAGAGUACAAUUGGAAUGCUAUGGCAGAGAGUCUCCAUUGGUGAGUUAACCAUGAUCACCAACUGACUAUGCAGGCCUGCGGCAGAGGGUGUGGAGACAGAGGGGAAGAAAAGGGAGCGAGCUCCAGGUCUCCAUGGAGGAAAAACCAACCACCCAUGCCAUCUCUCUGCCCCUUCUGAUAUACUAGGAUGGCCUCAGAGAAGGCAUUAUGUUAACCCAG